AUGAGCCGCAAAGGCUGGGGUUUCACAACCCUCAAACUGGAGAGCGUGGAAUCCGUCGGCCCCGUUUUCAAGAAGUUGCGGUUCCAGUUGCCCGAGGGGAGUUCGUUGGCCAUGCUCCCACUAACGUCCGCCAUCCUCACAUUUAGUCGGCCAAAUGGCAGCUUCUUCCCCGUCAUCCGGCCCUACACGCCCAUCACCCGCCCAGACGACAAAGGCUUCAUCGACCUCCUCGUCAAACAAUACCCCAACGGCAAAGCCAGCACCCACCUCCACUCCCUCCAGCCCGGCGAUACCCUCUCCGUAGCCGGCCCCAUUCCCGGCUACGCCUGGAAACCCAACGAGCAGCCUCACGUGAACCUCGUCGCCGGCGGCGCGGGCAUCACGCCCAUGUACCAGCUCAUCCAGGGUAUCCUCGGCAACGCGGACGAGACGACCAAGAUCAAGCUCAUCUACGGCGCCAACACGGAAGCCGAGCUCGUCCUCCGAGAUGAACUCACGGCGCUCGAGAAGAAGUUUCCGGACCGCUUCCACGCCGUGUACACUGUCUCGGAUCCCGCCACCGCCGAGAGCUCGGAUACCCACAAGGGCCGUAUCACAAAAGAGCUUCUCGAGGCGGAGUUGGCGCGGCCGGGCAAGGUUUUCGUUUGCGGGCCGCCGGCGAUGGAGCAGUCGCUUGUGGGGACAAAGGGCUUGCUGUGGGGAAAGUCGGGCGUAUUACAAGAACUGGGAUAUUCCAAGAGCGAAAUCUACAAGUUCUGA